UUAUUUAUUUAUUUAUUUAUUUAUUCCUCUGCCUCCUCGGUCUUCUCUUCAUUUUCUGGCUUUUCCAGAAACAAAGAAUAAUACAGUAGACAGAGCUUAAUCAUUCAACAGCAAGUAAUAAAAUCUAAUACAGUACUUGCUUAGGGAUUCUGCAACAUUCAUUCAUGCCAAAACCUCUCCAUUUUCAUCCACAUGAAUUUCUCCACUACUCUCAUCAAAACCUCUCCUUUCUUUAUCAAAACCACCCAUUUAUCUCCAAUUUCCAAAAGGGUUUCUGGAUAUCGUCCUUUUGGUGUUAGAUUUCCAUUGACCAUCACCAAAUGUUCUAGAGCUGAUUCUCCUUUAGCACCACAAGGUACACAGACUUCUUCUUCUUCUUCAUCUCCUGUGUUCUCAUCAAAGAUACACAAUUUGCUGGCUGUGGAGGAGAACAUAGAGAAGAUUAUUUAUGGAUGCCGCUUCUUGGCGAUUCUUGGGGUUUUUGGUUCCUUGAUUGGAUCAUUUCUGUGUUUUGUGAAGGGAUGCACUUAUGUCGUGUCAUCUUUCAUGGAAUACUUUGUGAAUCAUGGCAAAGUGAUUAUAUUGCUUGUAGAGGCCAUAGAUGUCUAUCUUUUAGGAACAGUGAUGCUGGUUUUUGGAAUGGGUCUUUAUGAGCUUUUUGUUAGCAAUCUUGACAUUGCAAAGUCAUUGUCAGGGCAAAGCGUGCCUCAUAGAUCAAGUUUAUUUGGAUUAUUCACCUUGAAGGAACGACCGAAAUGGUUAGAAGUAAAAACUGUGAAUGAGCUGAAAACCAAGCUGGGACAUGUCAUUGUCAUGCUUCUUCUGAUUGGUUUCUUUGAAAAAAGUAAGACAGCAGUUAUGCACUCUCCCAUGGAUUUACUUUGCUUCUCAGCUUCUGUUCUACUUUGCUCUGGUUGCCUCUACUUACUAUCUAAGCUCAAUGACUCCAAAUGAUAUAUGUUUUUCUUUUCCACCACUGAUAACACAUAGCUUUAGAAUAUAGUUGUGGCAAAUUGAAAAUGAUCUUACAAAUAUGUUUGUAUGGUAGACUAUUUGUUAUAAAGUGUAUGUGCUUGAAAUGUUACGAGUGGCUUACUUUA